AUGGAAGUUUCAAAAAACCGGGCUUCAAAACGCUUGAAAUCGGUUUUAGAAAUAAAAGAUAAAAAUGAAGAUCAAAGUAGAGAAAGUUCAUAUUUAUUUUCACCAUUUCGAACAAUUGGCUAUGUGUCUAAUCAUGUUCCAUUUGAUGUUAUGAUUCGUGGAACAUCUUUUUUAGUAUCCACUUGUGUUGGACGGAAUAUUCAAACAUAUGAUUGUGCUAAACUUAAUCUUCUUUUUGUAACACCAAAAACAAAAGGAAAAAUAUCAUCUAUAUGUUCUUGGGAUGAUUUUAUUUUUGCAGCAGUAGGGCAUGAAAUAUUUGGAUAUCGCAAAGGAAAACUUGAACGAUCGAUGAAACAGAUUUAUAAUGGAAACAUAACGCUAAUGGAAGCGUUUGGUGGUUAUCUUAUUACAUAUACAGAUCAAAAUUAUCUUACAGUUUGGAAUAUCCAUCUCCAAGAAAUAUAUACGGAAAUUGAAAUUGAUCGUAAAUCGAGUGUUUUGUGUAUGGUUCAUCCCGCAACAUACUUAAACAAGCUUGUUUUAGGAAAAAUAGAUGGUACUCUUGAAAUAUGGAAUAUAAGGACUAUGAAGAUAGUUUAUACAUUUUCGUCAUUUAAAGCUGUUAUAACAUGCCUUGAACAAUCACCAGUCUUGGAUAUUAUUUCUAUUGGUUUAAUUGAUGGAAGAAUCUUAAUAUAUGAUAUCAAGAGAGAUAAAGAGUUAUUUCAAUUUAAACAAGAUGGAAAGGUUACAUCUACCAGUUUUAGAACAGAUGGAUCGACGAUUAUGUGUUCAUCUAAUGAUAAAGGCGAUAUAUUCAUUUGGGAUCUUUCAAAAAAAAGAAUUGUUCAUGUUUUUCACAAUGCGCAUUUUGGUUCAAUUGUUAAAAUAAAAUUUUUAAAUGGACAACCUCUUUUAUUAUCUAGUAGUAUUGAUAACUCUCUAAAGGAAUGGAUUUUCGAUUCAUCAGACAAUAUUCCAAGAUUACUUAGAUAUAGAAGUGGCCAUAGUGCACCUCCGUCAAUUAUUAGAUUUUAUGGAUAUGAUUCUCAUUUUAUAUUAUCAUCGUCACGAGAUCGCUCUUUAAGAGGAUUUAGUACAUUUAAUGACUCACAAACCACAGAAUUAUCUCAAAAACCAUUUGUUAAAAAAUCUAUAUCUUUAAAGUUUUCCAUAGAAGAAUUACGUCUUCCAGAGAUUUUAUCUAUAGCUGUACAACCUUCAAAAGAAAAAUAUUGGAAUAAUAUAAUAACUGCACAUAAAGGCGAAAAAGUAGCAAGGUUAUGGAGCUGGAAAAAAAAAGCAAUUGAAAGAUACGUUUUGCAAACUACUGAUAAAAGUUCUAUAAAGAGUGUUGGAAUAAGUAUUUGUGGAAAUUUUGGAUUUGUUGGUUCUUCUUUAGGAACAAUUGAUAUGUAUAAUAUGCAAUCUAAACUUCAUCGUCGUAAAUUUUAUGAUGAUUUAAAUGGACAUAAAAAAGAUAUUACAGGAAUAAUUUCAGACUCAUUAAAUAAAACAAUGGUUUCAUCUUCUUUAGAUGGAACUUUAAAAUUUUGGAAAAUUUCAACGGGAAAACUUAUGUAUACUCUUAACAUAGAAUCACCUAUAACAUUAAUGAUAUAUCAAAGUUCUUCUGACCUUUUAGCAAUAGUUUCUGACGAUCUUUGUAUACGAGUCAUUGACAUUGAGACAAAAAAAAUUGUCCGAGAACUAUGGGGUCAUACAAAUCGUAUUACAGAUUUAGUUUUUUCACAUGAUGCAAGAUGGCUUAUAUCAUCUUCUUUAGAUUCAACAAUUAGAACUUGGGAUCUUCCACUAGGAUAUCUUAUUGAUGCAUUUCGUACACCAAGCAUAUGUGUAAGUUUAGACUUUUCACCAUCGGGAGAUUUCCUUGCAACAUCGCAUAGAGAUAGUUUUGGUAUAACUUUAUGGACAAAUAAGUCCCAAUUUUCUCAAAUAUCCAUUCAUAAUAUUCAAGAAUCUGAGAUUAAAAUGAUAAAUAUGCCUUCAAUUUUAGGAGAAGAAGGUUCUGGAAUUGUUGAUAUUUCUUUGAAAAAUAUAUCUAAUGACAUUGGUGUUUUUUAUAAAACCAAUUAUAUAUCUUCUAAACAAAUUGAUACACAGAUAUUAACACUUAGUUCAAUUCCUCGUUCUAAAUUGAACAUUUUACGUAAUUUAGAAAUAAUACGGCUUAGAAAUAAACCAAAAGAACCUCCAAAAGCUCCUGAAAAGCCGCCAUUUUUUAUACCACUUUUAAAAGAUGCAUCAAAAGAUAUAAUGUCAUUAACUUCAAAUACGAACGAGCAUAUAAAAAUAGAUAAAAAUGCGUCUAAAAUUAUUAAAAUAAAAAAUUUAACUGUAGAAAGUAAAUUUACUGUACUUUUAAAAGAAGGUGCUGCUCAAAACGAUUAUGUAAAAUUUAUAGAUCAUUUAAAAGCAUUAAAUCCAUCAUCAAUAGACUUUGAAAUAAGAUCACUUUCAACUGAUUUUUCAUUCUCUGAGAUUAUUUGGUUUUUAGAUGCAUUAACUCAAAGAUUAAAAGAAAGAUUAGACUUUGAAUUUAUUCAAAUCUGUAUGGCUAGUUUUUUAAAUAUUCACGGAGAUAUUUUUAUUGAAAAUCCUGAUAAUAUUGUACUAAAACAAUCGCUUAUAAAUUGGGAAAAGGAACAUAAAAUUUCAAACAUUAGGCUAAAAGGAUUAGUCAAUUAUUGUUCUGGAGUUUUAUCUUUUAUCAGAAGCUGA